UAUGGCGGGGACUUGUGCUUUGUCGUUUUCUGAUGCAGUGUCAACGAAUUGUUGUUUGUCUUGGUCGGACGAAAGCAAAAUUGCAUUGUGCACCGAUAAUAGAAUAUAUGUCAUGGAAUUGCAGAACAAUCCUUACCAGUUUGAUUCGACGUCUCACUUUCAUCACAGCUGUGUCCAACCACACCCAUCAUCCAAUCUGCUCAUCAAAAACUUCAAUGAAGAGACGUUUAUUAAAAAAUUAAAUUAUGAUGAAGUUCAUGAGUUGAAGCUAGAUCGCACAAUCUGUCCGCGGGAUGACUGUGCCACAUCGUAUCGAGGCUAUCGAUGUGCUGAUUGGUCACCACUUGGCGGAGAUAUAUUUGGCAGAUGUCUGCUUGCCUGUCUCAGCCAUGACCACAGAUUGACUCUGCAGUGUGCUGGUUCUAACCCCAGCAAGUGGCAGGUGGUUGUAGAACUGUCCAGCAUUUACAGUGAAAAAAAUCAAAAGGAUUAUGCUAAUUUUCAAGAACUGAAGUUCCUGUCUUAUAAACUGGCAGCUGAAGCAUUAUCGUGGUCUCCAGUCUUUGAAGAGUACACUGAUGAUUCCAAUAAAGUGAAGUUCACUCUGUUAGCUGUAGGAAUGAAAAAUGGUGACGUCAUUAUUUGGAAAAUAAAUUUCCCAUGUAGAAACCAGUCAGAUUGUAAAGUUGUUCAAGUUAUCCCCAUAGAAUCAGAAAUUCCAACUUCAUUAAGUUUCUGCAAAUCACUUGGAGAAACGAACAAAGCCCUGCUAGCAGUAGGUUUUCUGAGCGGGACUGUGCACCUCAUCAGUAUGGAUAUCGGAGAGGAGAUAACAUGUCGCCCGUCGUGUAUCUACGUGGAUGAGGACCUCAUGAGUGUCGCCUGCAUGGACUGGGUCGAACUACCACAGGGUGAUGUAUGUUUUGUGUUCUGUAAAGAGCAGUAUGUACUCACAUGUGUUCUGAGGAGGGAGGCAGGAAAACUCCAGAUGCCAAGUUCGUCUCACGUACAAGCCAACCAAGUAGGAACCUGGUUGUCAGCCACAGGGUUGUGUUCACGGAAGGGGUACACAGUGAUGGCUUCAGCUGACGGACUCGUGCAGGAACUCUCAAUACAGGCAACAGGAAAAGAAGUGUCACUGAAAGCAAAGCCACUUACAAUGGAGAAGGAGUCGGCAUACACCUGGAAGAGCCACGGCGUUGUCUUAUCACCAAAUGCCAUUUUCUUUGUCACUGCCAUGAGUCCUUCCUCAAGCUAUGAUCAUCUCUCUGUCAGAAAUCCUUUGAAAGUACAGUUUUCUUUGCUGAAUGUUCUUGACACCAUCAGUCUGGAAAAGACACUUUAUCAAAAUACAGAUAAAAUUCACUGCAUGGGAGAUAUACUUGAAGGAUAUCGAUUGUGCUUGUUUGCUGAGAGCAACAUAAUCGAGUUACUUUGCCAACACAGACUACACAUCACAGCACACUCAGCUGAUGAAGAUAUGUCAACUUUGCAGAUGCAUAGAUACAAGAUAUUAGUAAUGAAGCAGUUCUUUCCAGUUAAUCCUUUGUCAACAGGGGAGGCAAGUAUUCCAGUUGACAAGGAUCUGGAACGACUCACAGACAGCCUAAUGAAAUGUCAUAUUCAAGACUGUUUUCGUCACGUUCUAAAAAUAUCAACCAAGAAAAUCUCAUUCACCAAAAAAGAUCUGCGUGUGCUGUCUCAGUUGUGGCGAUGGCUGAACAUCCGGCAGUCCGAGUAUGAACAAUCUGGCUCACAGUUAUCUCGAGACAUACAGAAAAUCAGAAAUCUGAUCGGAGAGUCUCAUCUGAACUCAACAGAAUCAUGCAUUGUGUGUGGUGAAGAGCUGAUGAUGGAGCAGUUGACGUGUAGAUGCAGCAAUGGCCAUGCUUUUGGACUUUGUUGUUAUAGCCUUUUGCCUUGCCAAGAGAUGUUGUACAGAAAAUGUCGCGUUUGUAGUGAGCUGGCCUUGCCCUUGUCGUAUCUAGAAGAUACCCAAGUGUUUCCAGAUACAUUAUCAAGAUGUACUCUAUGCCAAGGACAAUUGGUGUGAAAUGUUUUAAUGCUGGUGAAAAUUACACAUACAUUCAGUUACUAUUUGCAUAAACAUCAACCUGGUAAUGUAUGUUGAAACACCAGUGUCUGUACGUGAUGCUUGCCCAUUAAAAUCGGUGGUUUGUGGAAUAUCCCAACAGUAAGAGUGGAGACAUGAUUAUAGAGCAGAGCUGUCGACACCUAUUAUUUCUAAUACAUGAAACAAAUCAUAGGUGCUGUAUAGGUACCAUUGGCCACUGUAAACCUGUAUCUUAACCAGCCGCGAGCGAUUAUUUUAGAAAUCAUUGAUUUCAAUUGCUGUAUCCUAACCGCAAGUAUGCGACGUGAUAUAUAAAUCUGUCACAUUGCACGCGUGCAGUUAGGAUGCGGCAGUGGAAAUCAAUAAUUUCUGAAAUAAUCGCUUACGGAGCUUAACGUACAAGGUGAAGUUCAAUGACUGGGUGGGGUAGGUGGGUGACUUGUUUACAAGUGACAGCAUAUUUAUCACUGGAUGAAAUAUAGCAAUCACUUGGUGCUAUACACACACAUUGUGUAUGUACCUACUGGACUAGCUCUGGGUGAGCAAAACAUUUCGUCAAAUUAUUUAUUAAACUUCACAAAUUGCAGGAACCCAGUUGUUUUCUAACAAAAUGUUAUUUAUUACAUGAAAUUAUUUUGCCAAAUUAAAAUUCAGCAACUGCUUUUAAAAUUCGCGAAUUUGGUGAGUGCCAGAGCUCGUCCUGACCAGGGGCCUAAUUCACUAAACUUUGCGAUCUCGCAGUGCAAUUCUAAAAAGACUCCCAAAGAGGAUGCUUUAUUGUCUAGCAGAGCCUAAGAAACCUUUUGUGAAUUAGGCCCCUGUUUUUUUACUUCCUUACCCAUGUGAAGACUACAUACAUAUUGCAAUAGCUGGAUCUUAUUCAGUGAUAUUUUGUUGUGGUUUUAUAACAGUAAAUAAAUAAUGAAAUGCAUAAAAUUUCAUCAGCAUGUCAUGGACACUUGAUUUAUAUUCCAUUUGUGCGAGUCUGAUAUAGAAUGUAUAAAUUGACAAUUGACAAGUGAUGUACAUCGGUGGACAAUUCUGGUCCGAUACAACGUAGACAGUUUGUAGUAUACAUUCAGUGUUCCAAACAUGUUUGAUGGUAAAGGAAAAUUAUGCUGUAAUCCACUGAAAUGAAUUUAUUAUGUAUGCAUUGAUCUGUCGAACUUGCAAUAAACUUUUAUUUUUA